CAUUCCACAUCAACAGUAUCUCGGUCGAUAUUCUCCCGGUGGAUUUGGAAACAAUAAUCACCCCGCCAAGGUGUUUCUUCUGGAAUUGAGGUACAAAGUAACCUGUCUGUCCAUCAAUCAUGAGUAAACGGUAAAUACAAUCCUGGCUUUUCAUUUGACUAUUUACUUCUAUUUGUUCCCCGUUCUAUCACUGUCAGUCCAUUUAUUCCUUUCGUCCACAUCAUAAUGGCUUCUUCAUCAGCUCGCAGCUUCCCAUCUAUCAAAGCCGUCCGAACAUUUGUUGUGGACGGCGUCGGAUCCGGAGGAGAUUAUCACAAUGUCGAAGGUGGCCAUUGGUAAGUUCAUCAAACAAUUAUCUUCUAGCUUGUACUAAUUUAUAUCAGGCUAAUUGAUACACCAAUUUCCACACCUAUGUCAAGAUGGGAAAACUAUCGAGCAUCAAGAACAAGUUGGGGUAUCAAUGUGCUAGGUUCAUUCUGCGUCGAGGUGGAAGGUUCAGAUGGCACAGUUGGAUUUGCGACAGGAUUUGGAGGUAAUUGUCAAAAAAGUAUCCCAUCACUCGGGCUGAAGCUCAUUACAUAUUCGCAGGUCCACCAGCAUGCUGGUUAGUUCACCAACAUUUCGAAAGAUUCCUCAUCGGUGCCGACCCCAGAGAUACCAAUCAUCUAUUCGAACAAAUGUACAGAGGCUCAAUGUUUUAUGGUCGAAAGGGUCUCCCAAUUGCCGUCAUUUCAGUUAUUGAUUUAGCGAUCUGGGAUUUACUUGGAAAGAUCAGGGGAGAGCCAGUAUACAAGAUGAUUGGAGGUGCUACAAGAGAGAGACUGGACUUUUAUUGCACAGGACCUGAACCUACUGCUGCAAAGGCCAUGGGAUUUUGGGGUGCUAAAGUUCCACUGCCAUAUUGCCCGGAGGAGGGUCAUAAAGGACUUCAGAAGAACGUUGAAUUCCUCAAAAAACACAGGGAAAGUGUGGGCCCUGAUUUUCCACUCAUGGUGGAUUGCUACAUGAGUCUCAACGUUCCAUACACUAUUCAAAUUGCUGCAGCUUGCAAGGAUUUAAAUAUCAAUUGGUGGGAAGAGUGUCUAUCUCCAGAUGACACUGACGGCUUUGCACAAAUUAAACAAGCUCAUCCACAACUUAAGUUCACCACUGGCGAGCAUGAGUACUCGAGAUAUGGUUUCAGAAAGCUCAUCGAAGGUCGAAAUUUGGAUAUCAUUCAACCCGAUGUUAUGUGGCUUGGAGGAAUGACGGAAUUACUCAAAGUUGCAGCUAUGGCAGCUGCUUAUGAUAUUCCAGUGGUACCACAUGCAAGUGGACCUUACAGUUAUCAUUUCGUGGUUUCUCAGACAAAUUGUCCCUUCCAGGAGUACCUUGCAAAUUCGCCAGAUGGGAAGAGUGUUCUACCAGUCUUUGGAGAUUUAUUCUUGGAUGAACCAAUCCCUGUAAAAGGAUAUCUUGAUGUUUCACAACUCGAUAAGCCAGGUUUCGGUUUGACACUAAACCCAGCUGCACGACUUAUUCCAGCUCAAUAUCUCUUAACACCAAACCCGGAGAGGCCUCUUGGUCAACCAGCAGUUGAGCAAAAGAAAUCUGCAGAUCAAGGUAUUGUGAAUGGAGUGGUGGAAGAGAUCAAGAAUUUGUCAAGUUCAUAGGUUGGAUUAUAGCCGAUUGUUAUAUUAGUCAUUUAAUUCUUUUUCCUUGAAUACAAUAUCAUCUAUCUUAGCAUAAUUAGAACUUUCCAAGAUUCCAUUUUAAGGUCACUAGUGACCUCGGGAUAGCGACAUUGUCAAAUGAGUGUAUAACAUAAUGAGACCUAGGUGAGAACAUGUGGAUGAACAAUUUUACCCCACGUUUGGGAAUACCACUU